CCCCCGCCGGCCCGGCCCCCGGAGCCGCCCCUGCCGGCCGCCGCCAUGGGCCGCCCCCCGCCGCUCCAUCUGCUCCUCGCCAUCCUCAUCCUCCGCUCCGCCGCCGGGGCCGCCGCCCGCCGCGCCCCCCCUGCCAGCCCCACGUGCGCAGCAUCACGCCAGGCCGCCUGCGGGGAUAACUGCAUCCCCAUCUCAUGGCUCUGCGAUGGUGAGCAGCAGUGUCCAGAUGGGACGGACGAGCAAUGUGAUGCUCCUUGCGGCGGAGACCCCCAUGUCUGGCAGUGUGAUGACGGCCGGUGUGUUGCCAGCAGCUGGCGCUGUGACGGUGUUGCCGACUGUCCAGACGGCUCUGAUGAACAGGACUGUGUGUGCGGAGCGAAGAAGCUGCAGUGUCCCGGCACCCAUCACUGCAUCCCGCACUGGGAGCUGUGCGACCGGCACCAGGACUGCGAGGACGGCUGGGAUGAGGAGGGCUGUCCCCUGCAGCCUUGUCUGCCUGGGCAGUGGCAGUGCAGGAACCGGGUAUGCAUCAUCGCCGAGUGGAAGUGCAACGGGGUUGACGACUGCGGCGAUUCCUCGGAUGAAGAUGUCUGCGCCCCCUGCCCACCUGGCAUGGUGCGGUGCGAUGAGGGGAAGUGCAUCCUGGAGUCCCUGAUGUGCAAUGAUGAGGAUGACUGCCUGGAUGGCACUGACGAGCCCAGCACCUGCGGACGAAGCUGCUUUGUGCGCAAUGGGGGCUGCGCAGAGUCAUGCACUGACACACACUGGGGUGUUCAGUGCUCCUGCGGGUCUGGCUGGGUGUUGCAGGCCGACGGGCAGAGUUGCGCUGACGUGGAUGAGUGCUCCCUGGAGUACAGCCCCUGUAGCCAACUGUGCAGGAACACGCCAGGAACUUUCAGCUGUGCCUGCCUCGAGGGCUACCUGCUGCGGCACGGCACCCUCUGUGAAGUAGCAGACAACGCAACGCAGCUUCUGGUGGCAGUUGGGGAGGACCUGGCUCUUCUGGAUGUGCGGACCCAGACAUACCGGCCUGUGCUCUCCACUGAGGCUGAGCUCCGUGCCCUGGUGUAUGAUCUGCUCCGUGAAACCUACUACUGGCUGACGGAGGAGGGCGAGCUCUGUGCACACCUGCCGGGGAAGGGUGUGCAGCUCCUCUAUGCAGAUGCCGGAGAGGUGAACAGCAUCUCCGUGGACUGGUUCACUGGGCAGCUGUACUGGGCCAGCAGCCAUCCUGCAGCCAUCUGUGCAGGGCUGGGUGAUGGCCGUGGCUAUGUGACAGUGCUGGGGAAGGAUGUGGCACCAGAGCAGCUGACAGUGUACCCAUCAGCCAGGACCCUCUACUGGGUCAACCGUGGACUGAGAGGCCGGACAACCAUCACUUCAGCUGGCAUGGAUGGCUCAAACCGUCAGGAGCUCACAGUGGUGUCCAUGGAGGAGCCUGUAGGGCUCACCCUGGAUCACGUGGCUGGCAGACUAUACUGGAUCAGUGAAUACAAGGAGUCCAUUGAGACACUGCGGGUGGAUGGCAGUGGACGCCACUCCUUCCCUGCUGUCCUGCGGAGCCACACAGAGCCACUGGGCCUGGCUGUGUUUGAGAGCCGCUUCUUCUGGGCUGAUGGCACUGAGCUGGUGUCAGCCAGCCAGGCCUCUCCACAGGAGCAUGCUGUACUGCUCCGGGCCCCCGUCUCAGCCUUCACUGUGCUGCAUGCACUACAUCAGCCACCACGAGACACUGCUGCAUGUGCUCCAGGCUUGUGCAGUCACCUCUGUCUUCUGUCCCCCAUGCACCCUCGGGGCUACAGGUGUGCAUGUCCUGAGGGACUCUACCUCCAGCCUUCAGGGAAAUGCACAGAGCUGUCCAUCGUGUACUCAUCGAAGACAGCCAUCUCCCUGCUGCAGGUGGGCCCUGGAACACACAGCCGACAGGUGCAGGAGUGGCAGGAGGCCUUCCACCUGCAGGAUGUAGACUGGCAGAGGUCAGUGCUCUAUGGGACAGAUGACAGUGGGGCACUGCUGCGUAUUGUGGGACACCCUGGGAAGAGAGAGACCAUUGUGACCAGGCUGCCAGUCUGCUCUGCCCGUGUGGACAUCCGCUCAGGAAACUUGUACUGGCUCGCAUGUAACCGGAGAGACAUUGGAGUGAUCAAGGUGUCUGACCCGACCCCACGCAUCCUGCACCGUGCUCGCAGCAGUAUCCAGCACCUUUUCUUGGAUUGGCAGCGAGGAGCUCUCUACUGGCUGGCCCGUGGGCAGCCCCUGCAGCAACUGAGUCUGGCUGGGGGCAGCCCACGGGAUGCUUGGAACGAGACAUGGCCUGGAGAGCUGCCUGCAGCCAUGGAUAGCAAGGCCUUCAGCCUGCUCUGGAGCUCAGCCCUGGGCCUGAGGGCACUGAGUCUGACCAAACACCAAGCAGUCACUCUGGCACCCAGCUGGUCCCAUGGCCUCGUGGCUGCCUUUGAGCCCUACCUGAUUUCAGUUAAUGACACAGCUCUGCUGUUGUGGGACCGCAGGACACUGGCUCUCGUGCUGGCUGUGCCAGCAACUGGCGUGCAGGGUGUGGUGGCAUUCGUGGGCUCAGAGCUACAGGAAGUGCCUGUGCCUCUGCCAGUGCCAGCGAGCAAAGGACCUGCCCUGCCACUUCCUCCACCUGUGACCACCACUACGAGGACAACCACAGCCACAUCUGCUCAGCCCACCACCUCCACCACGCAGCUUCCACUGAGCAAGACCACUGCUGCACCUACCACACCUACAACGACCACCAAGGCUACUACAACACUGACUACCACCAGCCUGUCCACCCCAACCAAAACCACCACCACCAGGCUAUCCACCACAACCACAACCACCUCUGCACCAACCACCACAUGGACAACCCCAAACAAGACAACAACUAUGCAGGUAGCCACCACCACCACCACCACCACCACUCAGUCCUUGCCAACCAAGCCUGCUGUCCCACAGCAAAGCACUAGCACUCAGCACCCAACCACCUCUGCACUGGCAGUUCCCCCCACUCCACUCCUCGGGCCCAGCUCUCCACACCCCCUGACCCCGUUCUCCCAUCUCUCCUGUCCUCGCACACACAUGCCCUGCCGUGACGGCACUGAGUGCGUGGCCCAGGAGUAUGUGUGUGACGGAGAGAAGGACUGUGCGGAUGGCUCUGACGAGGAUGGGUGUGCUCAGCUCUGUGAUGCCCCAGGGGCCUUCCACUGUGCUAGCAGCACUACGUGUGUUGGGGCCAACGAGCGCUGUGAUGGGGUGCCGCAGUGUCCCGAUGCCUCGGAUGAGAUGGGCUGCUGGAGCCCCACACAGGACUGUGCCCUGCGCUGCGAUGGUGCCACCCGCUGCGUCCCUGAGAGCUGGCUGUGCGAUGGCCAUGCUGACUGCCUGGAUCACACUGACGAGCAGGGAUGCGUGCCAAAGAAGUGCAGCCCAUCAGAAUUCCCCUGCCACAGCGGGCAGUGUGUGGCCCUGGCUCUGCGCUGCGAUGGGGACCCUGACUGCCGUGAUGGCUCGGAUGAGGAGGGCUGUGCCAUGCCUCGGCCUCUGCUGUGCCGCCCAGGUGAGGUGGCCUGUCCCCACAGUGGGGAGUGUGUGCCUGAGGCCUGGCGCUGUGAUGGUGCGGCUGACUGCAGGGACAGCACAGAUGAGCAGGACUGUCCCUUGGAGCAGCAGUGCGGUGAGCAGCAGUGGGGCUGUUCACACAGCCAUGAGUGCAUCCCUGACGCCUGGCGGUGCGACAGAGAGAGCGACUGCAGUGAUGGCAGCGACGAGGCUGGCUGCCAGCCCACUCCCUGCCUGAGCCAUGAGUACCCCUGCGGGCUGGGGAUCUGCCUGAAUGCAUCACUGGUGUGCAGUGGCCAGCGGGACUGCGCAGAUGGCUCAGAUGAGGGAGGGAACUGCUCCCUGCCCUGCAAGAGACCCUGCUCGCAGCUCUGCUACCCGUCACCCCAGGGACCUCGUUGCUGGUGCGCCCCAGGCUAUCAGCUGGCUGAGGACAGCAUGUCUUGUGUGGAUGUGGAUGAGUGCGCAGAGCAGAGCAAGGGAGCCUGCAGCCAGAUCUGCCUCAAUGCUCCAGGGACCUACAGCUGUGCCUGCUUCUCUGGCUACCUACUGGAGCCAGAUGGCCACAUCUGCAAACUUGGCGGACCAGAGCCUGUGCUUCUGGUGGCUGUGCAAUCAGAAUUGCUGUCCUAUGGCCUCCGGAGUGGGCGCGAGGAGGUGCUGCUGACCACUGACAAGGAACGGACCAUCUUCUCACUCGACUAUGACCUGGUGGAAAGGAAAGUUUUCUGGAUGGACCUGGCCACAGAGAGCAUCUCCUGGCAGAGUCUAGAUUCAAGCAAAAAGGGCACGCUGGUGAAAGGUGUGAGAUCAGACUGUAUUGCUGUGGACUGGCUUGGGAGGAACCUGUAUUGGACAGAUGGGGUGGCAGGGCAGGUGCUGGCCACUUCUCUGGAGACUGCCUGGCGAGGGAAACCAGAGUACACCAUAGUGCUGAAUGGAGACUUGGACCAGCCACACUCCCUGGUGCUCCAGCCUCUGGCUGGGAUGCUAUACUGGUCAGAGGUGGGGAUCCAGCCACGGCUGAUGGAGGCCACCAUGGAUGGAAGGCGGCAGCGUGUGCUGCUGGCACAGGGCCUGGGCUGGCCCACAGCACUAGCCCUUGACCUCCCCACCUCAAGGCUCUUCUGGCUGGAUGAAAAGCUGGGCAGUGUUGGUUCCAUAUAUCUGAACGGCACCGAUGUAAAGGUGCUGCAGCUGAGAUGGGUCCAAAGCCCUUUUGCAGCGGCUGUGUGUGAGGGGCAGCUCUACUGGUCGGAGAGGAAGGCAUGGUCAGUGCAGCAGGUGGACAAGGCCACAGGCAAGAAUAGGACGGUGCUACUCAAGCGACAUGGGCAGCCCCAUGGCCUUCAGGUGAUGCACCCAGCCCUGCGCCUGGCAGCUCCCAACCCAUGCACAGUCCGCAACUGCUCCCACCUGUGCCUGCUGAGCAGCCGUCAUGCUGGGCACUGCCGCUGCCCCAUUGGGCUGACACUGGCUGCCGAUGAGACCACCUGCCUGCCCCUCCACACUUCAGCCUUCGCCCUCUUGGUGUCACCAGCAGCCGUGAUGCAGGUCUACCUGAAGGACAUGCCACCAACAGCUGGAACCCAAGGCCUCCCCCCACACCGGGCCCUGCCUCUGGCCAAGGUGGGACACUUGACAGCUGUUGACUACAUGGUGAAGGACAAAAGCCUGUACUUUGCUGAGUUGGGGGGCAAAUCCAUUGGGCUGCUGCGCCUCAAGGACUCGAGCCGGCUCUCCUGGAAGAAAGUUGUUGCUGUGGAGGGAACGGUGAUCUCUCUGGCCCUGGACUGGCUGAGCGGAAACCUGUACUGGAUCGAAGGGCAGCCCACCAGCAUCCGUGUAGCCACGGCUGGGGGGCGGUGGGCCCUGACGCUGCUCAGUGAGAGGCUUCAGGGUGCUGCCAGGCUGGCCCUCUGUCCUCAUGCCUCCACCAUGUGCUUCAUCACAGCAGCAGGCAGCCGCAGGCCUGGUGCUGCAGUGGAGUGUGCGGCCAUGGACGGCAGUGGCCGCAGAGUGGUGUGGAGCAGAGCCCACUCUCCUACUGGUCUCACUUUUGGGGGUGCUGGCACCCGGCUCUACUGGGCAGACCAGGAGCGUGGUGCGAUUGGCAGCGUAGAGCUGGAUGGUUCCCACUUCAGGCUGGUGCGCGAGGGACUGCAUGGCCUCAGGCUCUUUGCUGUUGGAGAUGGCUUUCUGCUCUGGUCAACAACCGCAACCAAUGGUUCCAGCAAGGUCUGGCACAGCCGGCUGGAGCAGGCCAAGAGCUGGUGGUUCUUGAUGGAGCAAGAGUUGGUGGCCUUGAGAAUUUACAGCCAGUUCUCACAGGAAGGCACCAACGGCUGCACAAAGAGCAAUGGAGGCUGUGCCCAGCUCUGCCUGCCCAACCCCACAGGGCGGCAGUGCCGCUGCUCCCCUGGAUACCACCUGGUACGAGGGGUGACCUGUGCUCCAGUUCCACCAUGCCCAGCCCAGCUGCAGGCCUGCGCUGACCUACAGAGCUGCAUCUCUGCACAGCAGGUCUGCGACGGGCACCCCGACUGCACCGAUGGCUCCGAUGAGCUGGGCUGCACCUCUGAAGAGACAAAGACACAGGUCCCUGUGGUACCAUCAUCGAGGACAUCCCAUGCAGAAGUAGAGAAACCAACCGUGCCCUCAGCUGCACCUCAGCAGCCCAGCCCCAGCCUGCCUGCAGCCCCUGGCCCCCAGCAGCACGGAGAACCCUUCCUGGCGACCCCAAACACGGAGGAGGUGCUGGGAGCCAUGCCAUGCAGCAGUGAGACCUGCAACCUGCGUGGGGAGUGUGCCAUCGAGGCUGGGCGGGUGACGUGCCACUGCGCCCUGGGAUACCGUGGGGACUACUGCGAGGAGGCAGAGGUGCAGCCGUUGGCAGGCCCCAUCACCCUGGGGGUGGCUGUGCUUCUCCUGCUGGCUGCGGCAGCCAUGGGUGCCCUGGCCUACAUGCGGAAACGGGAUAGAAGGAGGAGGACCUCAAGCACUGCCUCCACCCGAGUGCUGACCCUGUACCACCGUGAAAGUGACCCUGAGGAAGAAGAUGAAGAGGAGGAAGAGCUUCCACCCAAGAUUGAUACCUUUGUGAAUGAAGCCUACGAUGGGAAAGAGGAGCUGCCGGCACAACUUGGGAAGGGACCGUCUCGCACCAACACUGUACUUCCAUAAAGGAACAUCGUGCAGCAUC